CUCGCACAUUGACGUCAGGAGGGCCAUUGUUCGACCCGCACACAAAACGUGUCCUCCGUGGGACUGUCCGAGGAUUCGGCGUUCGUGCAGGCCGCUUCACGUUUGAAAGGGUCUAUGGAACGAGAUACGCGUUCUUUAACUCCUCGACCGUGUAGCCCAAGAGUCGGCUCAGGGACAGAAGAGGGACUUAAGCGCCCACUCCGCAGCGAUAAUGUCAAUCUUGGACAUGAGGUAUGUUUUAGGGACGGUUGCUUCUACCGGCGGAGCUCAUGUGGCCUGUUAUCGAUGCAUGGCGUGGACCGCAUCUUCUUCACGCUCGGAACCCAUCUGGAUGACGGACCCACGUGCGCCGAAUAAUGGGGAUUCCCUCGAAUACAAACUCCACUCACACUUGAAAUCAGAAAUCGCUGCUUGGAACAUCAGUGCUACCGCUGCUGGAGUCGUAACCGUUCUCCUUGCCGGCAUCGCGACCUCGAUCCUCGGCAUAUAUCGCUCCGAUACGGCCGUCAACCUGAAAACAGGCCGGGUUGUCACGGCAUUCCGGAUAGUAUCCUACUUGGCUAUCCAGUGCAACACUCUCGCGACAGUUGCGUCUCUUUGCUUCAUAGACCGAUUGGGCGACUUGCCCAUCCACGCAGAAGAGGACGACAAACCGACUCAAGGAAAGCUACCCAAUCAGGGGCGUUUGAGGACGCUUAGUUCGUUUGGAAGGGCCUCAUACGGGGGGAUUUUCAGACAAUGGAUGGCCUAUUUUGCUCUAGGCACGAUAUUUCUAUUUCUACAGAUCUUGCUCUUCAUCGCCCUCGAAGAGAGUCACCUGACCGCUAUCUUGAUGGGCUCGGUCAUCUUCAUUCUGGGCGGAGCUCUCAUCGCGACUACAUUUCAUGAUCGCAAAAAAAGAUAGAUCGGCCUCGUACUAGAUGUUAAAAAUUUGUUAGAGCCUGAAUACAUGAAUACCCGUCGCCUUCCUU